AUGGCGUCCACUACGGAAGCCCCUCAGGGGCUUCGCCCACUGUCAGGUACAAAUCUGCCUGGCAACGUCCAGUGCAACGAGGAAUUCCCCGAGUUUUGUUUACAUGACCACUCGGCCGGCACCCAGUCCAUCGCCGGCAGUCGCACCUCUACAUCUUCGUUCGCCUCCACGACCCCGACCACACCGACCAACACCGAACACCCAUCUACAACACAUUCUUCCCCCGUUUCGAGAGUUCGCACAAACAGUGGCGCCAGCUCCUCCCCAAGCCCCAGAAGCAGACGAGACAAAAAGGAGUUGCACGCUGCCCGAUUGCAGAGAUCUGGGAGCAGUAGUCUUGCGUUAGCACGAAAGGAGAGCACCGCAAAGAAAAAUCGAUUCCGCUCUGCCACAGGGUCUUCGCCCGCUGACGCCCUCGCCGCUGUUGAGCCUCCUCAUGACCAGGGCUUAACGAGGAUGGCGUUUGCUGAACAGCAGAAAUGGAUCACUGUCCAGCAAAAGACCUUUACCAAAUGGCUUAAUACUAAGUUGGAGGCUCGUUCACUCGAGGUGAAGGACCUCGUUCUCGAUCUUAGCGAUGGUGUUAUCCUCAUCCAUUUGCUAGAAUGCCUGUCCAACGACACGCUCGGGCGCUACGCCUCCAAGCCGAAGCUUCGCGUACAACGAUUCGAAAAUGUCAACCUUGGCCUCGACUUUAUCAAGUCCAGAGGUAUCCAGAUGACCAACAUCGGUGCCGAGGAUGUAGUCGACGGCAACCAGAAGAUCAUUCUCGGCCUAAUUUGGACUCUCAUUUUGCGGUUUACGAUCAGUGAUAUCAAUGAGGAGGGCAUGACGGCCAAGGAAGGUCUACUGCUCUGGUGCCAAAGAAAAACUGCUUGCUACGAUGAGGUGGAAGUCCGUGAUUUUAGCGGCAGCUGGAAUGACGGACUUGCCUUCUGCGCCCUGCUCGACAUUCAUAGACCAGACCUCAUUGACUACGAUGCCCUGGACAAGUCAGACCACCGGGGCAACAUGCAGAUGGCUUUCGAUAUUGCGCACAAGGAGAUUGGUAUCCCCAAGCUGCUAGAUGUUGAGGACGUGUGUGACGUUGCUAAGCCCGAUGAACGAUCGCUUAUGACCUACAUCGCUUACUGGUUCCAUGCCUUUUCCCAGAUGGAAAAGGUUGAGAAUGCAGGCCGUCGUGUGGAGAAAUUUGUCAACAACAUGGCUGGAGCCUGGGAGAUGCAGAGCGCGUAUGAGAGGCGGAUGAGGGAGCUGUUGAGGCAGAUUAGGGAACAAAUUGAGAAGUGGCAGCAGGCUACGUUUCAAGGGACGUAUGCCGAUGCUAAAGCUCAAGCUAACGAGUUUGCUGCGUUCAAGAGGGGCAAGAAGAGAGACUGGGUUGCUGAAAAGAGUGAACUCGCUACCCUCUUGGGUAACAUCAAGACGAAAUUGGGCACAUACAGACUGCGGCCGUAUGACCCCCCACCAGAGUUGUCGCUUGAGACGAUGGAGAAGGAAUGGACUGGUUUGUCACAGACAGAGAUGAAGCGGGCGCAACUGAUCAACGAGACCAUCAGAGACAUCAAGAACGCGCUCCGCAAAUCCUUCGCCGACAAGGCCAACGAUUUUGCUAUGGCACUGAACACCAUGCAGCUAGCCAUCUCAGGCCUCGACGGUGACGUCGAAGACCAGUUGCACCACGUCCGCAAGAUCAGUGAUAACCUCCCGCCCCUGGACAAGUAUCUAGAGACCAUCGCCGCUGUGGAUGCCAAAUGCCAGGAAGCCAACAUUGAGGAGAACGACUUCACAACCUACACCUACGAUGAACUAGUCUACGAGCAUGGGCUUGUCAAAUCGUCAGUGCAGAAAAAGCUCGCCUUCCUUGACAACCAGAUGGUCGCCCGUAACAUGACCAACCUCACGCCUAUCCAGCUCGAGGAGUUCGAGUCCGUCUUCCGUCACUUCGAUCGCGACGAUACAAACUCCCUUCAGGAGCUUGAGUUUAGCGCCGCCCUAGCCUCCCUCGGUCUUGUCUUCUCCGAGGACGAGAUGCACGACUACUUCAUGGAGACAUCAAAGGGUCGCGAUCAUGUUACCUUUGAGCAGUUCAUCCGCUUCAUGGUUGAUGUCACCGAGGACCAGAACACGGCAGAGCAGGUCUUCCAAUCCUUCCGGGAGGUCGCAGAUGGCAAGCCAUAUGUCACCGAGAUGGACUUGCGUCAUUCACUCGUGCCCGACGAGGUCAUUGAUAAGCUCAUCGAGAUCAUUCCUACGCACAAUGGUCCUGACACUGCGGAGGAUCGCGGCAUGCCUCAAUAUGACUACAUCGCCUUUAUGGAAAAGCUCAUCAAUGAUGAGAAGGAAGCCGGUAGCGUGCCGAACGGCGUGCUCCAAGAGCGUACCAACCGCGGCAACGCAGUCCCGCCCAAGGAUCCCAAGUUGAAUGGUAACCACUGA